UUAUGUUUGUGUUGGUAUCGGAGAUUUAGAUAUGUCAACUUUUGAUAAAGACUUGUCAUCUCUUGACGAAUAUUACGAAAAUGAAAAAAGCACAGAUGACUUGGAACAAGAAUUGAUACUAGCCGCAGCGAAUGCUGACGCAAGAAACCACGAACAUAAUUCUAACCCAGCAGAAGACACUUCACCGAGCACUUCUCCCCCAGUCGAGAAUUCGCCCCAACACGAAUAUGGUAAUAGUAGUGGAAGUAGGUUGAAGCGGAGCGUAUCUCCUUGUGCCGAAGAUGUUAGUCGAGUUACAUUUCUUAAGACGACUGAUGGGGAAGCAGUUCCACGUCCCAGUGAAGGUUACGGCAAAAUCAUAGCCACUCAUUACAAUACGCUCGAGGAGAAGGGCCUACAUGAACGUUCCAAAUCUAGAAUAUUUUACUUACGUAACUUUCACAAUUGGAUUAAAAGUAUGUUAAUUAAUGAGUAUUUAACUAAAAUUAAAGAUGGAAAGCGACACAAUUCACCCAUCCACGUCUUGGAUAUGGGUUGUGGUAAAGGAGGUGAUCUUCUCAAGUGGCGUAAGGGUGGUAUAACGCAUUUAAUUUGCAAUGAUAUUGCCGACGUUUCCUUGGAUCAGUGCAAAUCGCGCUAUCAAGACAUGAAAAGUCGGAACGGACGUGACCGCAACUCCACUAUAUAUACCGUGGAAAACAUUGCUGCCGAUUUCACCAAAAUUCGUCUAAGAAAGAAAUACAAAGAUCCCUCGAUAAAGCUAGACCUAGUCAGUUGCCAGUUUGCAUUUCAUUACGGGUUCGAGUCGCUGGCACAGGCCGAAUGCACUAUGCACAACGCCGCAGAAUGUCUGCAGCCGGGCGGAUUUUUUAUCGGGACAAUUCUCGACUCGAAUGAUCUCAUUUCCCGUGUUAGAAAAGCGGGUUCAAACGUUUUCGGUAACGGAAUUUUCAAGGUCGAAUUCGAAUGCGAUGUUAAUAAACCCCCGUUGUUCGGGGGCAAAUACCACUUUAACUUGGAUGGUGUCGUCGACUGUCCGGAAUUUCUGGUACACUUUCCCACUCUGAUUAAAUUGGCGAAGAAGUACGGCAUGAAACUGGUGCGCUCCGAGAAGUUUUACGAUUUUUACGAACGGAUGCAUGUGGACGGGCAACAACUGAUGGGCAACAUGAAAGGUUUGGAAACUUUCCCGCCUUAUCCGAAUACCAGCUUGGUGGGAACUGAUGGGGACGAUUAUAGUCAUGCCGAGGAUUUUUUAAGAAACACAUUUCAUAAUCGGAAUCCCAACAGUAAAAUCGGGACGUUGUCGAAAUCUGAGUGGGAAGCUUCUUCUCUGUAUGUGACAUUCGCCUUUGAGAAAGUGAAGAACACAUGGGCUGCAGAUGGUACUCCAAUUUAUCAAUUUUAACUGAACAGUUCUGACUUUGGGUUAUUGUUCUACAAUGCCAUCACAUUUUAUCAACAGGCUUUUGUCCACUCUGUAUUUAUUUCUAAGACAAUUAGAAUAUUUCCGUUCUAAAACACACGCAAACACGAAAUGAGAACAUCUUAAUAUUGGUAUAGCUAAUUUAGAUGACUAAACAAAUUUUGUAUAUUUAGGUGCUUACAAAAUAGAUUAUAUAUUGAUUUGUA